CAGAACUUGACUUGCCCUGUCUCACAAUCAGGAAAUCUUUGUUAUUGUUGUUCCUAUUGUAGUUCAGUAUUUCUGAAAUGUAACAGAAUUAAAAAGAAGCUUACUAACAAAAUAAUGGAGGAUGAGAACCAGUUACCGCUGAAGCGGGUGGAGCUGUCGUUGUCCAAGUUCAACGACGUCGCGAUUCCACACCACCUGGAGCUACUCCGACAACACAAGGCUAACAUUAUCAAGCAUGAAGAGGCGGGCCAGUAUGCACAAGUUCGUCGCGAGCAGGCGGGCGCCGGUCGUGCUGCAGCACGCCUACGGUCCCUUCUUGCUGAACUCUCUGCGCUGAGGGGGCGUGUGCGGGAGCCGGACCGCCAAGCCUUUGACACCCGGACACAGCGGUCAAGGGACCUGACCCUGCAAGCUAUUAUGGACUACCUUGGGUUGAUAGAGCGAAGUUGCACAGGCCUGGCGAAGCCCCGAUCUCGCCCCUACGAAUCAUCACCAAUGAGCAUAAGUCGGUCAGACCGAAGCAUGACAGCGGUAGCUGGUAGUGCGGUGUCUACUGACUCGGUGGGCGUGGUCGCGCACGCCAGAGAGAGCGCGGAGACAAGUCAGAGUGAGAUAGAAGACGACUGCGAUGUACCGGUGCUGCAGCUUCAGGUUGAUGACCAUCAGGAGUUGGCUCUCGCAGAGCGCGAAGCCGCGUUACGAGGAUGGACGGAACUACAAGCGGAGCUAAGAGCUCUACACGGAGUAUGGGCGGCGACACACGCGGCCGCGCGCGCGCAGCGGGAACAAGUGCUAGAGGCGGCGAGUCAUGUGGAGGUAGCAGCUGAUAAUGUGGAAGCAGCUAAAGCGCACCUGUCUACUGCAGAAAAACUACGCGCUGGCGCGUGGGGUGCCGGUGGAGCUUGUGUAGGAGCUCUAGUGGGAGGCCCCGUGGGGCUGCUGGUGGGCGCCAAGGCGGGCGCCGCCGCGCUGCUGGCCGGCUCGGCGCUGGGCUACGUGGGCGCCAGGCUGCUGGGCCACAAGAGGCAGGAGCAGCUCGCUAUACAGGGUCGUCCGGCAAACGAGGAGCCCCCUCAGGAGAAGAAAGCGCAAUAGCGGCUGCAGUGCGUCUGCUGCUAGGCGACGCACUCCCCUCCAUGCAACACUCGCCCCCGAGUGAGAUUUACUAGAGUUGGUAAACAUUCGUUCGACGCUUAGUCUAAAUUACAUUGAACUCGACUGUUUUACAAAACUCCGCGCUACUCUUGAGUCUAGAGAGUAGAGUUGAAUCCAGUCCUUUCGGAGCAAUAUUAAAAAGGAGUCGAGCCUUGGGAAUGCUACCGGUACUGAGUUUGUAUGGCGAGAACCGGGAAUUCCCGGUUCCGGUACUGUAUUUGUAUAGAAAACCAGUACCGGGAGCACUCCCUAGCCGAGUCCGAAAAUCAUUUUCAAUGUAAUAGGGACCAUCAUUCGACGCGAGAGGUUUAAACAAAAUGUGUGUAUACAUAUUAUUGUCCUUAUUGGAUUACUUUCUUCUGUUUUGUAUGUCAAGCCUUAUUCUUAAACAAACCUUAAUCGAUGCUUGAUCAGCGCUUAUUUCUAGAAUGAAUUCGAGCUGCUACAAAAGGCGCAACUCUUACAAUCGAAAUGAAGCCAGUUUCAAAAUAAAGAAUAAUAAAGUCUAGACAACCGACUCAACCGAGGCAGGUCUGACAGGUCCGACAGGGUCUCAAAAUGAGGAUCUUAAAAGACUCGAGUCUUUACCAACACUAGCUACUAGCUAGGUUCAUGUCUAGUCGUAAGAUCACAACGGGUUCACAAAGUACUCGCUGCUAUUGUAUAUAAAAUAAAUAAGGAAUUGUAAAUGUAAAUAGUCUAGAAGCUUGAGAAGCUGAAAGCUUUUAAUCAGACAUUUUUAAUAUAUUUAUGUAUUUGUUUAAUGAUUGUAUAAACAAUUUUAUUUGUUAGCGGCUGUCCAUAAAUUACGUCAUCGAUUUUUGACGAUGGUAGCAUGACUCCUACGUCAUGCUACCAUCAUCCGAUGUCCAGAACCCCCUUCCCCCAAUUUGAAAUGACGUAAUUUAUGAAUAGCCCCUUAUAAUAAAUAUAUUUUUGCCACAUAAUUUUAAUAGAAAGAUCUCUCUCGAUAUAUGCACAAAUGAAAGCUGACCAAAACGAAAUAAAUUUACUUAUGAUAGAUCUUCUUAUGAACUAGGUAUAGUCUGACAAGAAAUUGUAGAAAAUUAUUGAGGAGGCCACUCUCUACGUAACUGUCACAUUUUUGACGUAAAAUGCUUUAGUAAGUACUUAUGGAUUUUUUUGUAGUUCCAUUUUAUUUAUUUUUUUCCACUUUAUGUCGCACUAUAAGUAAUAAAUUUACACGCUAGCGUGUGGGGUGGCCCAUAAGAUAAUAGUUUUAGAUUAGACAUAGGUCAACCUAAUAAUAAUAUAUUCACUCUUUGACAUGGAUAGUCAGUCGCAUGUGCUGUGAUAUAUAUACUUAGUGUGCAUAAUAUAGCAUAAAAGCAUACCUAUUCUAAUGAUAUGAUGAUCCUUUUUAAAAAAGAUUAUCAGGUGAUUUGAAUAGAUGUAGACGACCACAUCCCUUCUAAACUUAGGUACCUAAACGCCAACUAAUAAGGCGUAGAUUGCGUAGGAAUUAUUAAGCUGUUUUCUCAUGCUCGGCGAACCUACCUACAGGACGCACUUGUGCACAAAAAUGGGAUCAAGUAAGGAACCUAAGUACCAAGAAUUUAUUCGUACAUUUAUUGACUCACCGUUUCCCAUCUCUAUUGCACGCGCAUUGCUAUUCACCAUCACCUAAAAUGCGGAACCGUCAAUGCCACAGUGCGAGCGAACCAGCAAUAUAAUUAUAGAGAUAGGAAAUGGCAGGUCAAUGUACGAAAUUCUUCGUGCUUAACGUUCAUACUUUAGAUGUACAGUCGGCAGCAGGAGUUGCUAAUCCGCGGAUGUCAAAAAAUCUGCAUCCGCAACAUUCCUGGUUUAGAUGUAGAGUUUGCCGGACGAGUUCCGUGCAAUGAAUACAAAUGUAAAUAAUGACGUGGUGCUUUAUUUAAACAAGUGCUAGUGUCGUGUGACAUUUAUACUCAAUUAGAGGUCAUUUGUGUGGUUCAGCAGUAAUAAAGUAUAAUUUGAGGAUGUUG